AUGGGUGUGAUGGAGGCACUCGUGAGGAGCUUCAGGAUGAAGGAGAUCGAGUAUGGAGGAGAUGAAGGACAAGGGCGUCUGCAACGUCCAAAAGGGAUCGGAGAGGAAGAGAGAGGAAGAGAAGAGAGGAAGAGAGAAAAGAAGGAAGAGACGAAAACGAAAACGCACUCGAGGAGGAGUGUAGGAAAGCAAGGGAUUUGUUACCUUGGUGGAUUGGAGAUUCGGCGCGAUGUGUCGAUUAGCGUCAUUGUUUAG